AUGAUUUACUUCUUAUUAAAAGCCGAACGCGUGUUGGGUGUUCACAGAAACUUUGAAUUUCUCAGUUUUUGCAACAAAUUCUUUAUUAUCUUUCGCGUUAUUUUUGAACUUAUUGCUAUAAGUUAUGUAUUCUACCACAACUGUUACACUUUUUUAAUUCCCGUAACCGGGAGUACAAAGAAAAUAACACCGGUCAUAUUUUUAAUAUUUUACUUUUGUAAUUUCUUGGGUGGAUUUGUUAUUAUGAUUUACGGGAUUAGGAAAUCUCGGUCUUUCAAAUUGUUCUUUACGAGUAUCAUGUCUUUGCACUACCGUUUCAAAACAGAAUCUUUGUUCUACAAAGAUAACUCUAAAAGGUUUAAAUAUGUUGUUAAGAUCGUCGUGAUGUUCCAUAGCUGUGGUUGUGCGAUCAUGUUCAUGACCAAAGCCCUGAACAAGAUCUACAGGGAGCCUGAAACGAUGACAUUUCUUUAUUUUGUAUUCGUCUUCUUAGAAAUUUAUAUAGAAAUGCGGCACAUUAUGGAAAACGUUGUAUUGUACACGUAUGUCACUAUGAUAUAUUACUUUAUGAAAACUGUUAAUCAUAGUAUUAGUAGUGUUGUUGAAGAAUAUGAUAGAAAAGAAAAGAAAUCGUAUGAAGAGAGAAAAGAAGAAAAUGAACAAAUAUUGACGAUUCACGAUUUGGACGAAUGGGCCAUAAAGUAUCGAGAUUUAGUUGGAUGUUGUAAAAAACUCUCGGCAUGCUUCAGUAGUCAGAUGUUAUUUUGUUUAUUCAUAUCAUCUGUACAGUUGGUAACUUCGGUCUAUGGAAUUUUUUGUAUUAUUGUUAUUGGUGUCACUAAGCACAUAGUAUUCUCAAUGGUUGGUGUGUACGUUUUAAUAUACGCUAUAUUCUCUGCUUAUUUUGUCAUCUUCGCUGGUCAACAUCUCCUAAAUGAGAAUGCUAUCAUAAAAAAGAGCGUAGCAACGUUAUAUAGCACAUGGUCCACUCGUCCCCAAGCACCUGAAACGAAACGCCUACGUAACCUUAACAAAUUAGUAAAUGUGAACCCCAUUCAGAUAGAAUACACGAACAAAAUAGUGCUAGGCAUGUACCUAGUACCUAUUAUAAUGUCUCUCUCAGCUAGCUACGUCAUUGUCGGCUUACAAUUCAAUCAUGUAAUUUAA